UUGGUCAAAGAAAAGACAAAUGCAGUUAUCUAAAAUCAUUUAAGUAGUAACUUUAAGUUGAAACAUUGUGAUUCCAAUGUUUGAACAAUAAGCCAAAUAGAUUGACAAAUCAAUUGAGAGGACAAGAAAGUAUAUGCUUUUUGAGGUCACAUUAUUCAAUCAAAGAGGCACCUAUUUUCCUUUGUUCCCAUGGAACCAAAGGGCCCAAAUCACCAUCAACAAGAGUUGCCCACCUUCUUGAAUCCUCCCCCAAAACCAACCAUGGCAGAGAACAACAACAGCAACAGCAAUAGCAACAACAAGAACCCUGCAGAGAUCAAGGAUUUCCAAAUUAUGAUCGCAAAUAAAGAUGAUAACAAGAAGCAACUAGCACCCAAGAGAAGCUCCAACAAAGACAGGCACAAGAAAGUAGAUGGUAGAGGAAGAAGGAUAAGGAUGCCAGCUCUUUGUGCCGCAAGGAUUUUUCAGUUGACAAGAGAAUUGGGUCAUAAAUCUGAUGGUGAAACAAUUCAGUGGCUGUUACAGCAAGCUGAACCAUCGAUUAUUGCUGCAACUGGUACUGGGACGAUUCCAGCUUCAGCUCUUGCAGCUGCAGGGGCCUCUGUUUCUCAACAGGGGAGCUCUGCUUCUACAGGAUUGCAUACAAAGAUGGAAGGGCUGGGACCAAGUAUUGGGUCCAGAGACAAGGCCAGUUGGGCAAUGAUGAGUGGUAAUUUGGGAAGAUCUAAUUUAGCAAGUGGGAUAUGGCCCUCUGUUGGUGGAAUUGGAGCAGGAUUUAUUUCAAAUACCAGCCAGUCAGCGUCCAAUUUUGCAAACGAAAACUCCAAUAAUUUGUCAAAAUUUGGGUUCCAUGGGAUUGAAUUCCCAAAUAUUAAUAUGGGUUUGAUGAGUUUUUACUCCAUGUUUAGUGGUACUAAUCAGCAAGUUCCAGGUUUGGAGCUUGGGCUUUCUCAGGAUGGGCAAACAGGGAUGUUGAAUUCUCAGGCUUUGAGCCAAUUUUACCAGCAGAUGGGACAGAGCCGCAGCAGCCUAAAUUCCUUUAAUCAGCAACAGCAACAGCAGCAGCAGCAACAAAAUCCUGAUGAGGAUGACUCUCAAGGAUCAAGGCAUUAGAAAAUUGAGACAGGAGUUUCUGAUGGAAAACCUUAUUAGGAAUGAGUAGCAUGGUAAAAGGACUCAAUUAUCUCACAUAAUUUUCCUUGUCUUUAUGGACAAGAAAUCAAAUGAGUGUAAUGAAUUGGGGGUCUCAAUAGUUUUCUGAUGCUGGUUUUGGCUGCCGGCUUCAGUUCCUUUGAUCAGCAGUUUCAUCCAAGUCUGCAAAAAACAGGAUGAAAUGUGAAGAGAACAUGGUUUGAAGAUUGCAUUUGAGUUUGUUUCAUAUUAAAUCUUUUUUGCAGGAUGUGUUAUCUAUUACAAAAAUAUUUGUACUGUUCGGCAUGUUUUCUCUCUUGUUUCUUGCUUAUCUGAAUCAAGCAAUUAUCUUGUCUUGAAUAUCUAAUAAAGAUUGAGAAAAAUUCCACUA